GUAAUGCGUUCUUGUAAAAGGUACGUCCUGCUCGUUAUUCUUUUUUAUUUCGUUGGUAACAUAUCGACUUCAGGGACUCAUUACUCAAUACCUGAGGAAAUGAAAGAAGGAUCAGUUGUAGCAAACCUUGCUACCGAUCUCAUCCUGGAUGUUAAAACACUGAACCAGAGGAAGAUGCGUCUGGACAUCAUUGCAAACAAGAAAUAUCUGGAUGUGAACAAAGAGACUGGUGAGCUGUAUGUUGUGGAAAAGAUUGACCGGGAAAAUGUUUGCAAUACCAAAUCAUCAGCGACUUGUUAUCUCAAACUGGAAAUAAUACUAGAAAAUCCAGUCCGAAUUUUUAAUAUAGAAGUAGAAAUAUUGGAUAUGAACGACAACGCCCCACAGUUUCGGAGAGACGCCAUUCAUUUAGAUAUAUCUGAAGCGACGCCAAACGGAGAGAGAUUCUCUCUCAGUAACGCAGUUGAUCCUGAUGUCGGAACCAACUCAGUGAAAACGUAUCAUCUGAGUGAAAGUGAACAUUUUAAUAUUGAAGUUAAAACUGGCAGAGAUGGGUCAAAAUUUGCUGAAUUAAUCUUAACAAAGACUUUAGAUCGAGAGCAGCAUGCUGUCCAUAAUUUAAUACUCACAGCUGUAGAUGGAGGCACACCUGCUCGUUCUGGCACUGCACGUGUUAUUGUUCGUGUUUUAGACACAAAUGACAACGCUCCUACUUUUGACAAAUUAAAUUACACGUUAAAGAUAAUGGAAAAUUCUCCCACUGGAAGCCUCGUUAUUCAUCUCAAUGCAACAGAUUUAGAUGAAGGGUCGAAUUCUGAUGUAACGUAUGCAUAUAGUUUAUAUACGUCAGAGAAAACACAGGAGACAUUUCAUCUGAAUCCUUCUACUGGUGAAAUUACUGUUAAAGGAAUGUUGAAUUAUGAAGAUUACAGGAUUUAUGAUAUGGAAAUUAUAGCAACUGAUAGAGGAGCAAGUGCAUUAUCUGGACAAUGUACUAUUAAGAUUCUGAUUGAAGACAUGAAUGACAACCAUCCAGAAAUAUCCAUUAAAUCAUUCCAGAGUCCAGUCAAUGAAAACAUAGAAUUAGACACAGUGAUAGCUGUAGUUAGUGUCAGUGAUAAAGACUCAGGUGACAAUGGAGUGGUUGAUCUUCAUAUUCCAGAUAAUAUGCCCUUCAAACUGAGGGAGUCCUCUGAUAACUAUUAUGAAUUAGUAGUGUCACAGGCACUAGACCGUGAGAAGGUCACAGAAUAUGACAUCACUUUCACUGUGACAGACAGAGGCUCUCCUCCUUUAUCUGACAAUGAAACGAUGAUGUUAGAACUGCUGGAUGUAAAUGACAAUGUACCACAGUUCCCUCAGUCAUGUUAUACUAUACGUGUAAUGGAGAAUAACGCACCUGGGGCCUUGCUGAGUUCACUCACUGCAUUUGACCCUGACCUCCAUGAAAACCAGUAUCUAGUGUAUUUCAUCCUGGAGAGGGAGAUAGCCAACACCUCCAUGUCCAUGCUGUUCUCCAUCAAUCCAGAGAACGGUAAUCUUUACGCACUAAAAACCUUUGACUACGAGAUCGAGAACGAGUUUCUUUUCCACAUUGAGGCCAGAGACUCUGGCUCUCCUCCACUCAGCAGCAACGUGACGGUCCACAUCAAUAUAGUGGACCAGAACGACAACGCUCCGGUUAUUGUCUCUCCGUGGCGCGCGCACGGCUCGCUGGUGGAGGAAAAGAUCCCCAGAUCCACCGAUAAAGGCUCUCUGGUGGCCAAAGUGAUCGCCUUGGACACCGACUCGGUGCACAACUCUCGGAUUACGUACCAGUUUCUACAGGUGACUGACGCCACCUUGUUCAGUCUGGAUCAAUACAACGGAGAGAUCCGGACUAUGAGGAUGUUCAGUUACAGAGACCCGCGUCACCAGCGACUGGUUGUUGUUGCAAAGGACAACGGGGAGCCCGCUCUCUCCGCUACAGUCACCAUCAAGCUGUUUACGGUGGAGACUGCCGUUAAGGCCUACUCUGACAUGACGGAGGUGCCUCUAGAAUAUGACAUCUUCUCAGACCUGAACCUGUAUUUGGUCAUCGGUCUGGGCUCGGUGUCAUUUCUCCUACUGAUCACCAUUUUGGUCACCAUCGUGCUCAAGUGUCAGAAACCCAAGCCCAGCAAAGCGGCUCCUCCCUGCAGGAACAGUGUGAUCAGUGAGAGGAACUCCACCAUCGCAGACUCCACUCUGGUCUCCAACGAUGCCUACUGGUACAGUCUGUUUCUAGCAGAGACCAGGAAAGGGAAGAUGGUGGUUAGACAGCCGGUGCCAAAGGGCUCCAGAUACAUCGUGUCCAGUCUACCAAGAGGCACAGGACUGACAAACACUAGUGACUCAGCGGCUUCCACUCUGCAGGUGAGAGUCCAAUGGAAGAUCGUAAAACAACUGGAAAGCUCCGUGGUGCUGAACCUCACACACAAUAUGCGCUCGCUGCUUUCAGCACCGAUACAUCUUUGGGAUUAA